AUGGCAAUGGAGGCUUGGAAUAGACUGCGUGACAUAUUUCAGGAUAACAAGCACUCUCAUGCCAUCAUCCUUGAGUAUGACUUUACUCAUGUAGACAUGAUAGAUUUUCCAAAUGUCUAUACUUAUUGUCAACAUCUCAAAUCUUUGUCGGACCAACUCAAGAAUAUUGGCUCUCUCGUCGAUAAUAAUAAACUUGUUCUUCAACUGGUCUUUGGCCUCGCCGAUCCCUACAAAGGUGUGACCACUCUUAUUCGCCAAAGUGAUCCUUUACCCCAAUUCUAUCAAGCCCAUUCGAUGCUCAAUCUUGAAGAUGCCGACCUUAGUAAGAAGGCGGCACAUAGCUCCUCAUCAGCCAUGGUUGAUCAUUUUUCCAAUGGCUCUCAUGAUAUUCCUAAUCAUGCCUCUUCCAACCACAAUAUAAUGGUGGAAAGAGGAACCAAAACCGUAGUAAUAAUGGAAGGAAAAAUCACAGCAACAAUGGUGGUCGUGGAGGCGAAAAGAGGGGAACCAGCGGAGAGGGUAGUACCAGAAAUGGUCUGA